CGGGGCGACCGCUCUAAGCUGUGAGCGCUCAUCUCUGCUCUCCUCCACCAGCGCGUCUUUUACAGUUGACAUAAAAACUUUGAAGAGGUGAGGGGCGAAACGUCAAAACGCCGACAAAUCACUGUCGACAGUGCGCAACAACAAAAGAAAGGGGACAGAAAAGAGCCAUCAAGUCCGAGGAAAGCGGUGGAGCCGGGAGAAAGAGGGAGCUAUGCCAUCUCCCGCCGAGCAGAGCCCAGUCCUCCUCAGUUGCGUGUCGGAGCUACAGCAUGGUGUCUCUUUCUGGACUCUGGACCUACUGCCUUGCCCCGGGGAGAACUCAUCUCCUUCUCCUCUCUGCCAGGUCGCUACUGUUGCUUCUCUUAUUAGUCACCUUUUCCUCCCCCGAGCCCUGCUUGCUUCGCCCGGAGUCUUGCAACAUCCUCACGCGGAUAGGACACACCGUGCGCCUCGGCGCGCUCUUGCCGACCCGCCAGCCGGCACGGAUACAAAACGCGCUCAACCGCGCCCUGGCCAGCAUUCGGCACCAAAACGGAGGGGGAGACUCCACCACCACAGCCUCGCAACCGGCUCCCCUGCUACCCUACAACCUGAGCCUGGAGAUGGUGGCACGGUCGCCAUCGGGUUGGGACCCGGAGUCCUUGUCCCGUAGUGCCUGCCAGGACCUGGUGGUCAGGGGUGUGUCAGCCAUGCUCGCUUUCCCUCGCUCCAGGGAGGAGUUGAUCCAAAUGGAGUUCCUCUCCUCUUUCAUGGAAAUCCCCUUCAUCUCCAUCCUGGAGGACACAGAGCCCCUUGUGACUAAGAACCAAUUCCACCUGCAGAUGUCUGCCCGUGUGCCUCCAUCAACCCUGGGCAGCUUGCUGUUGGCUGUCCUGCAGGGAGGAGACGGGGAUAGGGACAGGGGAAGCCGGGGAGAAGGCAGCUGGGGAGGAGCAGCUGUGAUUUGCCCCGGAUGGGACGAAGGUGGUGAUGGCUUGCUGACUCACCUGCAGAAGAAUAGCGGUUCUACUUGGCAUCUGUCGGACAUUAUUAAUCUGACCCUCAUCCCAGGAAGUAGAGAUCGAAAGGGGGAGGCCAGCGAUGAGAAAAGGGAAGAUCAAAUGGAAGAAGAGGCUUUGAAUAUAAUAUCCACUAGUUUCCUGCGCUCCACCUCUCCUAUCUCCUCUGUAAUUCUUCUGGGAUCUGACCCUGAGUGUCUCUCUUCUGUACUUCGGGCUGCACAGCGUCUCGCUCCAUCACUACCAGCACUGCAGUGGAUCAUGGGAUACCCCUUGUCUCCAGAUUCACUACACACUCUUGGAGGUCCCCUAGGACUGCUGGCCUAUGGGGAGGUUGGCCGCAAACCGAUAAGCUUCUACAUACGGGAUGCUUUACAGCUGAUUGGUCGAGCAGUCACCGCAGGAACCAUGGUGAGACCAGACCUAGCGCUGGUUCAGAACAUGGUGAAUUGUUAUGACAAAUCAAAUCGACAGGAACUGAUCUCUUCUGGACAAUAUCUCGCCAGGUUUCUCUCCAACUCUUCCUUCACUGGGGCCACAGGGCUGAUCCAAGUGGAUGCCGGUGUCUCUCGGGUCCUCUCCUCCCAGUUGUUCCAUGUAUGGAGUCUUAAGAGAGGUGCUUUGGGCCAACCAGCCUGGGUUACUGUAGGCCAGUGGACUCGUGGCCGACUUGACUUAGAGGGAGGCAUCCUGGGACUGGUAGGAGGGCUUGGGAACAGUCAGGGACAAGGCCUUGGGGCUGGUGUGAGGGGAGGGGAUGGCCAGGGUGAUGGUAAUAUGGGAGGUCGCUGGAGGCCAGGACUUUCUGUUGAGGGACACCGCCUUAGGGUGGUGACAUUGGUGGAACACCCAUUUGUCUUUACACGGGAAGUGGAUGAGGAUGGAUUGUGUCCAGCUGGUCAACUCUGCAUGGACCCUAAAACCAACCGAUCUGACAUAAUCCACGGUCUCUUCAACCAAUUUCACAACCCAAACUCUACAGCAAUGGACUGGGAGGGCAUUGACUUACCAGAGGACCUGAGAAAAUGCUGCUAUGGGUACUGCAUUGACUUGUUGGAGAAACUUGCAGAAGACAUGGGCUUCACCUUUGACCUUUACAUUGUGGGAGACGGGAAGUAUGGAGCACUGAGCGGAACGGGGCGCUGGACCGGGCUCGUAGGGGACCUGCUGAGUGGAGCCGCUGACAUGGCUGUCACUUCUUUCUCUAUUAACUCUGCCAGGAGCAGAGUCAUAGAUUUCACCUCACCCUUCUACUCCACCAGCCUGGGCAUUCUGGUUCGUAGCCGGGACACUGCAGCUCCCAUUGGAGCCUUCAUGUGGCCACUCCACUGGUCCAUGUGGGUGGGCAUCUUUGUUACAUUACAUCUCACAGCACUCUUCCUUACCUUAUAUGAGUGGAAUAGCCCCUUCGGCAUGACACCCCAUGGCAGGAACAGGCUGCGUGUGUUCUCCUACUCCUCUGCCCUCAAUCUCUGCUACGCAAUACUGUUCGGGCGCACUGUCGCUACCAAGACUCCUAAAUGCUGGACAGGGCGUUUUUUGAUGAACCUUUGGGCCAUUUUCUGCUUACUGGUGCUGUCCAGCUACACCGCCAACCUCGCUGCAGUCAUGGUCGGGGAGAAGACUUUUGAGCAGGUUUCAGGAAUUCAUGAUGAGAAGCUGCACCAUCCCUCUCUGGGCUUCAGAUUUGGGACGGUGAGGGAGAGCAGUGCUGAGGAUUACAUGAAGAAGAGUUUCCCUGAGAUGCACGACUACAUGAGAAGAUUCAACCAGCCCACCACACCAGAGGGUGUGCACAUGUUAAAGACAGAUCCUCCUGCCCUGGAUGCGUUCAUCAUGGAUAAAGCCCUGUUGGACUUCGAGGUCUCUAUUGACGCAGACUGCAAGCUGCUCACUGUCGGGAAGCCGUUUGCUAUUGAAGGCUACGGUAUAGGCCUUCCCCAGGGCUCUCCUCUAACCCGUAACGUGUCAGAGUUUGUGAGUCGCUACAAGUCAGACGGCUUCAUGGACAUGUUACAUGACAAAUGGUAUAAAGUUGUACCCUGCGGAAAGAGAGUCUUUGCAGUCACCGAGACUCUACAGAUGGGGAUCCAGCAUUUUUCAGGCCUGUUUGUGCUGCUGUGUAUGGGAGUCGGCGGAGCAUUGCUGACCCUGGCAGGUGAACACACCUUCUAUCACCUGGUGAUUCCCCGCCUCCGCCGCUCAAACACUCUGCAGUACUGGCUGCACACCAGCCAGAAAAUUCACCGAGCCCUCAAUACCACAUAUGAGGAUGUUGGGAAGGAGCUGUCCGGUCUUGACCAAAACCCCUCCUCUUGUAUCUCAGAGAACUGCACCCUGCACAGGAAACAGCAUCAUCCUCCUCCUCCGUCUCCUUCCACAUCCCUCCCUGCUUCCACUACAGCUGGGGACACUGGAAACUCCUCACCAUCCCACGAACACAAGGAGAAACGUGUUCACUUUGACCUGGAAACCCUUCACAGCUACCGCCUGCGCACACACACUGCAUCUGUGCGAGGUCGGCCUGGGAUGGUUGGCCGCCCCGGACUCGGCCUUGGAGGGUUCGGGCUGGGCGGCCUGGGCAGUUUUACCUCUCCUCCUCAGAUUAGCCUCCACGCCAAUGGAGGCCCCGUCUCCACUCUGGCUUCCACAGGUUUGGUGCUCUCUCCUCUGGGGAACAGAGCGGCUCAGACCAGCCUGUGGGAGGGGGAGCUGCAGGAGCUGCAGGGGAAGAUUGAAACCUUCCGCACCCAGCUAAGAGAGGCUCUUGCUAGAAGAGCUGAGAUCCAGAGCAGCCUAGAGAGAGAGAGGAGUGGACUGGUACGCAGAGAUACCAGUCUGGAGAGGGAAAGAGACAGACAGAGGGUACAGACUAUUAACACAGACAAAAGUAGUUCCACUCAGUCCAAACUCCCUGAGAGAGACAGGACCAGUCAACUACAAACCCUGAAUAAUCAGCAGACAGGGAGGGCAAACCAAUCAGGCGCACCUGGGACUGUGGACCAUGGUAGAAGCAACCAAUUCAACACAAUGAACAAUUUGGACAGAGGGAGAGCCAAUCAAUUACGCCCUGUUGAUAUCUUAACAGGAGAAAGAACUGUCCCAUCACGCACUUCAACUAGUUUGGAGCGAAGUCGGGUCAACCAACACAGUGCUGGAAAUAUAACUGUCCAAACACGGAACACUUCUAGCCUGGACAGACAGAUGGCUAACCUAUCACGCACUCUGAACGCUCUGGAGAGGACAAAAGCCAACCAGCCAAGUGUAAGCAGUGGGACCUGAUUGGCUCUCUAAAGCCUGAUAUGAAGGAGGGAGGGGGCUAGUACAUAGCUGCGGGAAGAUGGCUCGGAUGUUGUAUGUUAAGUUUGUGAGGAGCUGAGUGACAGAUUGCAGUAUAUUUUUAAGUCACAUGUUCAUUUGCAGCAAGCUAGUCAUUUUUCCAGUCAUAUUAAUUUCAACUCUCACUUCAAGUUAUUUCUGUUUGUUUUUUCGUAGGUUUAACUGAAUUGAUCCUAUUUCUAUAUCAUUCACGUAAUCAUGAAAAAGCAAUAUAAUAUUUAAAUGAAAGCAAAAAUUGUUGCAAUAAUAACUUAAUAUGACAAAUAAUACUGUUUAAAUACAGAAAAUCUGUGGUUGACAUAAAGAAACAUGAAUCACAACGAAUUAAAAAUUGUCAAAUGACAGUAUACAGGAAGCAAAACCGUCCAAACAUGGACAAGCAAACAAAAUCCUCUUUAAUUAAAUAUAACACAUAAGUAAAUUAGAUGCAAAAAAGGGAUAAAGUAAAUGCCAACUCAUAUAUAUGCACUUUAUCACA